GUGGAUUGCACAGGACAGCAAAACCUCAUGACGAUGGAGCAAUGCUUGACGUUGGCGGUGAAGCGGUACCUGGACCAGAAUGUUCAUGCAACCGCAGUGUUCCUCGCGGAGCGACUAGUGGCAGAGAACGCUUCCGAGGACAACCUUGGUUUGUUGGCCGACGCGUAUUACCGGUCUGGGGCCGGCCAUCGCGCCAUUUCGCUGCUGGAACGACACAUGACUUCAAAUCAAGGCAUCCUGUCCGCACACAACAGAUACCUCUUGGCACUCUGUUGCUUCGAAGCAGAUCGUAUCUCGGACGCCGAGAACGCAUUGAUACCUUCCAUGUCGACACGGCGCUCGACUGGUGAAGGUGCUACGAAGAACGUCCCAAACGGUGCUGCUGGACUCUACCUCCUUGGCCGCGUCCACCGGCGUCUGCAUCGCACCGACCAAGCCAUUGAAUGUUUCACGGAAAGCUUAAAGCUCGACCCGUUCCUCUGGUCAUCGUUUGAGAACCUUUGCGAGUUGGGAAGCCAAGCGUCCGCUUCGUUGUUCUUUGGAGGGGUAUCCACGAACCCAAGCAAAGUCCACUUGGAUGAAAACAACAUUCCACCGCCGCCGCCGCCGCCUUCGGUUUCCCGCCGCAUUCAUUCUCGAGUUCAAGCAUCUACCAACACGAGCCAUGCCCGAGGCAAGAAAGCGCUGAGCCGAACCAUCACAGAGCAAGGAGCAUCCCACCAGUCAAACACCAAGCUAGAAGGCGACACCACGUCUUCACAACAUCCUCUAUCCCGCGGAGAGGGGGAUGUGCUGCGUCUACUGAGCUUAUGCGGCGCUGCAUACCAACACAUAUGCCUCUACCAAUGUGCUGACGCGCUCACUGGGCUGCAGUCGCUGCCACCACAUCACAUACAAACAUCAUGGGUCCAGCACCAAAUGGGCCGCGCGUACUUUGAACUCGCGCAAUAUCCACAGGCUGCGAUGGCGUUUGAACGCAUGCGAGCCCUCAGUCCCGACCGCCUCGACGGCGUCAGCAUCUACUCGACGACGCUGUGGCACUUGAAGAAAGAAGUCGACUUGUCCUACUUGGCCCAGCAAGUCACGAGCCACAAGACAUCGGCCGAAGCAUGGUGUGUCGCCGGCAACUGCUUUAGCCUUCAGAAGGAGCACGACGUCGCUCUUGACUUUUUUACACGGGCCAUUCAAGUGGACCCGACGUUCCCAUACGCGUACACGCUGGCCGGCCACGAGUACGUGUCUAAUGAAGACUUUGACAAGGCGGUGGCAUGCUUCCGCCAAGCUCUUCGCGUGGACCCGCGCCAUUACAAUGCCUGGUGCGGUCUCGGGACGAUCUACUUUAAGCAGGAAAAGCUCGCGGUCGCCGACUACCAUUUUGGUCGCGCCGUUGCCAUCAACCCCCACAGCUCGCUCCUGCAUUGUUUCCGAGGCGUGGUGCUGCAUGCGUUAACCAAAGACGACGACGCAUUAGCAGCUCUCGACACGGCACUCGCCUUGAACGCGACCAACCUCGUGGCCCGGUAUCACAAAGCUGACAUUUUCGUCGCGCACGGCCGCCUCGACGAGGCGUUGGUCGAACUCCACCGAGUGGAAGCGGCCGCCCCCAAAGACUACACGGUGCACUUUACCCUAGGUUCGGUCUACACCAAGCUCGGCCGUGUGGACCGUGCAUUGCAGCACUUGAACCAUGCAUUAGUAUUUAGUCCGAACGAUUGCCAUGCGGACGUUAAAGCAGCUAUCGAUGCGCUAUAUGACGAUGACGACGAUAUCGGCGCGUCGCCCCUAUAAGACAGCGUCGCAUACUAUUAAUAGUAUUAUUAAUAUUUGGCUUGGGCAAA